AUGAAUGAGGCUCGCCCAUGCAGGUCCGUUCGCAUUGGGGCUCCAGGCUUGGACUACUACUACUACUACUACUACUACUACUACUACUACUACUACUACUACUACUACUACUACUACUACUACUAUUACUACUACUACUCAAUGAUCAUUUGCCCAUAUCUUCAGAGGGAACAUAGAGAGAAAGAUACACAGCCCGACCAGACGAGAGAGUUUAUGUGGCGCAAAUAA